AUGAGGGGCUCCGUCGUGUACCGCAACUUGUGCAAGGUCAGGGUGAUCUUCUGUAGGGAGCAGGUUGCCUCGGCCUCGUCUUCGGCGGACUGGGGCAAGAUACUCAGGUGGCGCUCCGGCCCCGUUGAUGACUGGCCAACGGUUAUAGUCGUGAAUGGGCGGGCGAUUUUAGAUACGGAGCAGGUGGCUGCGUACCUGGCUGCCCAGGCCUUCCGCCCAGCCGGGGCGCAGGUGGGACCCCGCCCGUUGUGGUUGGGGUCCCGCCUGACCCCCAGUGAUGAAGAGCUCAAGGACGCGUUUUGGGGGCCACACCUAACCCCCCGGGUCCGGACGGGAUCCCUCUGGCGUUCCUCAGGCACGUCUGGGACGUCGUGCGCCCGGCUACCCGGGCCCUCGUCGGGGGCUGCGUCGCGCACGGGCCUUCCCCGGGGCCUUGAAGCAAGCAACGGUGUCACUCUAGACGUCGACCCUGCCUACCCUUCGGUCCAACCACCGGUCCUCCGCGAGGUCUUGGCUGCCCAGGGCUGGCCCCGCUGGCUGUGUGAGGCGGCGGCGGACUUCUGCCACGCUCGCCGGUUUUCCAUUCGGUGGACGCAGUUUAACUUCCGAUCAGACACGGGUCUCCCACAGGGUCCCCGUGGUCUCCGAUCCUGUUCUGUACUCUAUGCCAAUCAUAACCCCUUCGCAACAAGGGUCCUCAAUUCAUGUACAUGGACGGCCACACCCAACUGUCGUGGAGGCGUCGGCGACUGCCUCGAUUGUGGGUCUGAGUUAACGCCUGUGCAACACGGAGGUUCGGGGCUUCCUCCACUAGCUGGCCCCAACAUCUUCAACACGGCCAUUGCUCCCUCCCUCCUGUACGGCAUGGUCCAACUCGACACAGGCCCAACCAGGGCCGGGGUUAACAGCCGCCUGGUCCCAUCCAGGCUCACGUCAGCCCGGUCGUCUCAUCAAGGUCGCAAAUGCGGCGCUGAGGGUGACAUUACCGGUGUGGAAGACGAUUCCGAGCCGUGGCUCUGGUGGCUGGCAGGUUUAUACCCCGAGUACCUGCCGGACAGGGAGCGGGAGCGGUGGAGGUGCCGCGCCGAAUGUUGCCGGCCAACCCCCCUCCAGGCCAGGCUUGCCCGACCCCCUUACCGCGGCUGGUCCCGCCUGCACCAGGCGGCCGACGGUCUCGGGGUCCAAUUCCAACGGGAGCCAAAGCGCCCGGGAGUUAGUGCGUGGCUCAGCCUUCCCUAA